CCGAACAACAAAGACCAGAGGGAACGUUCUCUUCUGGCACAAAUCACAGCUUUGCUGUGACGAUGGAUGUGGUUCUCUGCAUGCUGAUACUUCACAAUGGGAAGCACCAUGCACACCUAGAUAGUGAUGCAUUUUGAUUGCUUAUUUGUAUAUCAGAGUAUUUCCUACAACCAUCUUAACUUGGUAUAAAAAAAACUUUAUUUAGAAGCUAGGGAUGGACUUCACAUUAGCCGCCCUCGCCGCAGGCAGCGCCACCGUGGCUCCGUCCUCUCAGUCGGACAUGUCCGGCCACCUGUGGCUUUUGGUGCUGGGCUUCAUCAUCGCCUUCGUCCUGGCUUUCUCUGUGGGGGCCAACGACGUGGCCAACUCCUUUGGCACGGCGGUCGGCUCUGGAGUGGUCACCUUGCGGCAGGCCUGCAUCCUGGCUACCAUCUUCGAGACGGUGGGCUCGGUCCUGCUGGGGGCCAAAGUCAGCGAGACCAUUCGAAAGGGCAUCAUCGACGUCCAAAUGUACAACGGCUCUGAACAUGUCCUGAUGGCGGGAUCGAUAAGUGCAAUGUUUGGCUCUGCUGUGUGGCAGCUGUUUGCAUCAUUCCUGAGGCUCCCCAUUUCUGGAACUCACUGUAUUGUUGGCGCGACAAUAGGUUUCUCCAUGGUAGCCAGGGGUCCCCAUGGGAUCAAAUGGGUUGAGCUUCUCCGCAUAGUGGCAUCCUGGUUCCUGUCGCCAGUGCUGUCUGGUAUAUUGUCAGGAUUUCUCUUUUACUUUCUCCGCAAGUUCAUUCUUAGGAAGGCUGACCCGUUGCCCAACGGCCUCCGAGCUCUUCCAGUGUUCUACGCCAUCGUUAUGAGCAUCAACCUGUUCUCCAUUAUGUUUACAGGAGCACCAAUGUUGGGUUUUGACAGAGUUCCAUGGUGGGGUACAGUGUGCAUCUCGCUGGGCUGUGGGGUCAUCACACAGUUGGUUGUCUGGUUUGUUGUCUGUCCGCGCCUUAGGAAGAAAAUCAAACAAGAAACAGGCGCUGCUCCUUGUGAAACUCCUCUGAUGGAAAAAAACACUGAAGCCAAUGGUAAAGCAGUAAAUGUGCCGAUACCCACUCAACCUCGGAGCGCCCCGGAAAGCAGUCAGAAUGUUGCUUUCAAUCUCGGAGGCUCGGAGGAGGCCGACUUAGACAAGGAGACCAAAGACCUGGAUCUUAGUAAUGGACUGAAUGGUCCAAUGAUGAUCACGGACCCUAACAGUGGUCGGUCGCACGCAAUCCACAAAGACUCGGGUCUCUACAAAGACCUGCUUCACAAGCUCCACGUAGCCAAAGUCGGGGACUGCAUUGGUGACAGUGACACAGAGGAGCGGCCCAUUCGCCGGAACAACAGCUACACCUCCUACACCAUGGCCCUCUACGGCAUCCAGGGAGAGCCCAAGGGCCUGCAGGACGACUGGAAGAGGAGGUCCCGGGUGGACAGCUACAGCAGCUACAGCUCGGCCUUGACCAGAGGAAGUUCUAUCAAGGAUGCGAGUGUGACGCAGGAGGCUACUUGGGAGCAUCCUCCAGAGGAAGAUGAGCUCGAUCAGCCUGCCGUCUCAUCGCUUUUUCAGUUCCUGCAGAUACUAACAGCAUGCUUCGGCUCUUUUGCUCAUGGUGGGAAUGAUGUCAGCAAUGCCAUCGGUCCACUUGUGGCACUGUGGCUUCUAUACGAGAGUGGUUCUGUGGAUUCCAAUACACCGACACCAAUCUGGCUACUGCUUUAUGGCAGUGUAGGCAUUUGCACGGGGCUCUGGGUGUGGGGUCGCAGGGUCAUCCAGACCAUGGGAAAAGACCUCACUCCCAUUACACCAUCUAGUGGCUUCAGCAUCGAGUUAGCCUCCGCCCUCACAGUUGUUGUGGCGUCCAAUGUUGGUCUUCCGGUCAGCACAACACACUGCAAGGUCGGAUCCGUAGUCGCUGUGGGAUGGCUGCGCUCAAGGAAAUCGGUGGACUGGCAUCUGUUCAGGAACAUAUUUAUUGCUUGGUUCGUCACUGUUCCUAUCUCAGGCCUUAUCAGUGCCGCCAUCAUGGCUCUCUUUGUGUAUGUUAUUCUGUGAGUACAAUCGAUGCUGGACCACCAGCACUCUUUGUUGAUGAGAAAAUUGUUGUAGUAUGUUGAUAACGUCUCUACUGUAAUGUUCGUUAUGCUCAAUACCAAGCAGAAUCAUCAAGAAUUCUGAAGAAGACUGUCAUACCUUAUAAUAUAAUUUUGUAUAGAUGGAACUGUAUAAAAUUAUCAA